CACAGGACUCGUGCAAAGAAGGCCAGCUGAAAUGUUUAAUCAUGAUGGGCAGCAGUAGUAGUGUAUCCACCCUUUUCCAUCAACGAGUAUUAAGGUGUUGGCGAUCAACAUAGCCCCAAUUAGCAAUGGAGAGUAUCUGGCAACUAAUUAAUGAGUGGGAAAUUCAGUUGCUAGUGCUUCUCAGCUUUAUCAUACAAGUGUUCCUUUUCUUUACUGGCAGUCUUCGCCGAUGUAGCAAAAACGGGCUACUUAGGGGCACCAUUUGGAUAGCCUAUUUGGGAGCAGAUGUGGUAGCAGUUUAUGCCCUUGGGUUCCUAUCACGACAAGAGGAUGCCAUCAUGGAAAAUGGCACAUUAAGGAGAACCCACCCCCUAGCUUUCUUUUGGGCGCCCUUCCUCCUCAUUCAUCUAGGAGGACAGGAUACAAUCACUAGUUUUGCAAUAGAGGACAACAACUUGUGGCUGAGGCAUCUAUUGAAUCUGGUAGUUGAGGUGACCCUGGCCUUGUAUGUAUUCUGGAAAUCAACUAUUCGGCGCGAUGUGCAACUUCUUGUUCCCGGCAUAUUUGUAUUUGUUGCAGGGAUUAUCAAGUAUGGAGAACGAACAAUGGCUCUCAGGUAUGGGAACCUUUACAAUAGUAGAUCAGCUGGCAGUUCCUUUUUUAAUGAGAAGACUCCACAGAUGGGUCUAUAUGAUGGAUAUUAUGGUUUUAUCUGCUUUGCAUUGCUAUGGGCUUCAGGAAUCCGAAUGCUGUUUGCAAGGCGUAUGACUGACGACAUAGACAGUCAAUUUGAGAGGCCUGCUCGUAUGAACGCGCUUUUUUUCUUUGAUGAGUAUACUACUAACACACUUGAUCACAGCCAGUUGGUCAAGUUGUUAGAUGUAGAACUUGGUAUAAUAAUGUAUGAUGAUCUCUACACAAAGGCGCCAUUGCUGCGUAAAAGGAGUGGAAUCAUACUCCGCUGCAUCUCUCAGGUGUCUGCUAUUGUUGCUCUUGUGCUCUUCUGUAUUACUAGCAAAAAACAAGAAGAUAGAUAUGGCAGAGCUGACAUUGUUAUCACUUACAUAUUAUUUACCGGAAGUUUACUUCUAGAAGUUUGUGCAAUGAUUACGAUGUUGGCAUCACCUUGGACAUGGGCAUGGCUGGAGGCUGAAGGGUACCAAAGGCUCGCUUCCAUAUCCAGGUUUCUUCUCUCCAGCAAAGUGUUUGGAUUGCCCGAGACUAGGCUGUUGUGGUCAGGAAUAAUGGGGCAGUACAGCCUUUUAAGGUAUAUAGGCUUCAACGAGCAGGUAAACCUCUCCCAGCGAGUGAUGAGCAUGAUCAGGAAGAUGGCUGGAGCAUUGGGCAUUGGGGAAGCGAAGAACCUAUUCUGGUUAAGCAAGCUGUUGGACACCACGAGCGAGGUGGUGGAUGACAAGAUCACUGAGUUUCUAGUGGACGAGAUUCGACAUUUUACACAUGGGGGCCAAAGGCAGUGGCCACAUCUCGGUCCAUUCUUGAAGGAAACAGUAACAUUGAGGACGGAUUUUGUUACUACCAUAUCCCUGUUGCAUCUAAUGACAGAGAUUCAUUUAAGUGAGGUGUCAGCUUCCACUUCUGGUGACAUUGGCGGGGAUUCCGCUGCUCUGGCCAAUGUCUGCCGGAAGCUCUCUAACUACAUGUUCUACCUUGUUGUUGCACACCCAGCUUCUGCUUCCUUGCUACUGGUAGCCGCUGGCAGUCCUGAAUCUGCAAUAGAGAAAGUUCGUGAGAAUUUUUUGGCUGUGUUGAGCGAGAGCAAGGAUGACACUCUGCACGCAGCCAGCAUAGAAAUCCGAAAAUUAGUUGAGUUACCUUUGACUGAGAGAUAUGAAGAAACACUUGAGGAGCUGAAAAACAUGUGGCUGAGGCUUCUUAUCUAUGCUGCCGGCAAGUCACGCCCGGAGGAGCACGCUGCACAGCUGGCCAAAGGAGGGGAGCUCAUCACCUUCGUCUGGCUGCUCAUGGCCCAUUAUAAGCUUGGGGAUUGCGGGAGCCAACGGAUCGAUCUUACACAGGCACGAGGAAAUGAUCCGGACAUACCUCCUCUUGCCCUCCGCGCCUUCAACCUCUAA